AUGGGAGUGAUACAAGAAGGGAAAGUGAGUGGAUUGAUACCAAGCAAUGAGGGUCUUGCAGUUCAUUAUCCAGGCUAUCCUUCUUCAACAUCUGGAGCUAUCCAAACUCUAGGAGGAACUGAAUCAAUUCUCAAUGCACGUAUGUUAUUUGAAAAAUAUCUAAAAAGAAGAAGUCCCAUUAAUGAUGCAAAGCAAGAAACGGAUGAGUUUCAUGUUGAUAUUGUUGCUAGAAUACCAGAGGCAUAUUACUUUGAGGGAAUGGCAGACUACCGGUAUGUUGUUCCAUUCAUGCUGACAUAG